AUGGUCUUGAAAAAUACUGUCUUAUCAAGUUUGGUAGUGCUGGUGGCAUUGUGUUUGACCGCGACGGGGAUUUACAAACUCUUUUAUUAUGGCAAUCUUGACUUGAGGAUCUCAAAGCGAUCGUUGGAGAGGAAUAACAAGACCGCACCUAUCACAGUCAAUUUUCCUAAAAACUAUCACGCCACCGGGAGACUCUUUCUACCACACAGUAACAUCGUGGAACCGUUCGAGAUUUGGUUCACUAGUGAUUAUAACCGAAGUCGCAUCGACUAUUAUUACGGUACAUUCUUGUUAUUUUGGGAUAAUUAAAUUUCAGCUUGGUUUGAAAACUCUGCUGAUAUUGCAGCUGGACUGGCUUCCGGAGCAUAACGAAACCAAUUAUUACGAUCAUUAUAUGAUCAAUGACAUGAGACCGGUCUCUGUAUGGGAAAUUUACAACGGCAAAGCCUGCUUAUCGCCCGGGGGAAUGCUAUAUGGGAUAUAUAGGGAGAUGUUGCUGUGAAUGGUAUGGUUUUCAAGCAGUUUAGCCCCUGGUCUAGGGUAUAGAAAUCAGAGCUUGCGGCGGAGUUUGAGUCUAGAAUAGGGUAUCAUUUUCCAUGAAACUGAUCAUUUGGUUGAAGAUUUUAGUCCAGACUCAGAGGGAAACCGAGAAUUAGCCUGCAAAAAUAAAAUCGGUAAAUCUAAAUUUACCCUAAACUCAACAGCAAAGAAAGCGUGGAUCGACGUCAGUAAUUUUUGGAAAACAGCGACUAUAGGAUAUGAGGGGGUUUGAGAGUUCAGUCUAGUAUAGAAAGCAUAAUUCAUCUGAACUAUUUGAGCUACUGUAGGUCUGGUUUUAGGCUGUGGGACUCAGGGUCGCAGCGGCACAUACCUACCUAAACAUUCCUUAGCUACCUCCCCAAGCGCUAAUCGAUGAGGGAGACGAGAGAAAACUGAUGUGAUAAAUGUGUCUUUGAAAGUUCUUCUCCCAAAUUCGCCUUUUGUUUACUUUCUAACCCCAAGUGCUUUACACCCUUGUCGGUCUCCCCUCAAAAACGGGGCUUUGUUUUACACACUGGCUCAAAAAGAAAUGAAUUAACCAGCUUAGUCGAUCUUCGCGGGCAACUGGCAAAAUGAAAGACUAACUACUUUAUAAAGCUGAAGGUAUUUCACUAGUCUGCCUUAGUAACAGGUGGCAAAAUAUGUCGCCGGCCACAAUAAUCUUCCACUAACAGAGACUCUGAAUAUCGUUUUUAGGUACAGAUAAAACAUUUCAAAGAGCAGACCUUGGUAAGUACGGUGUGACAUUAAAGGUGGUACCAAUGCACACAGAGAAAGAUGGAAACUACAUCGGCUGCUGGAAACUUGAGGGACAUAAAGGCUGGCCCAUCAUCCCGCAGCCAAUUGUGCCGAACAUGACGUACUUCAAGGUAAGGAAAAAUAUCAAUAAUUUAGAUGAGACAAAGACUUAAGUAAAGCGCUCCUAGUCUAUCUUCCAGUUCUUGGUGCUAUCUUACCUAGUCCCUGUACGGUGUCUUCCCAGGCCUUCUCGGCCAAUGCAUUUCAGUGACGAAUUCGAGCGGAAAUAAAAAAAACUCGCUCGGAACACGUGACCGGAAACGUAUAUCCCGCGCCGAAUAAUGAAGCCUAGGGACAAGGCAAGGUGCUUCCCUCCAAUCACGGAUUUUUUCAUUUAAUUAUAAGUAAUUACGCUCAGGUAUAAGGUGUCUAUAAAUAAAGCAUACUACAUUUGUGGGCCACGACGACGACGACGACUACUAUACUACUGCAAUAACAUUAAUAAUAACAAUGAUGUUGAUGAUGAUAACGACGAUCUUUUGAAAGAUCAUCAUCGUCACCAUCAUGAAUCAUACUUACUUCUGGAUGCUUUCAUGAACCUGCAUAUUUUCAGUUAAAAACAGUUUUAAGAAAGACAUAGCAAAAUUUCACCUACACUAAAUGGUGGUGCGAUAUGAACACAGUUAAUUCAGGCACUUGGUUUAGUGUCACCGAGGGUCAGGUGCUGCCGUCACAAAUAAUUCGAAAUGGUCCAACCAACUGGGGGCCCUAUAUCGUUACAACUCUGCUCUCACGUGUUUAUAAAAGCCUUCAGAUGCUCGGAUUUUGCCACGCACGUGUUUGCUUUUUCAUCUUUCCUACCUCACCGUUCUCACAUCAUUAUUCUUUCUUGCUCACUUUUACACUUUGCCUAACAAUAAACUGCUGAACGUAGCGUAGGAGUUGCAUUGUCAACUAACUAAUAAUUUGUACUAACCUUUCUUCUAACAAUUGGGACUUGAGGAAUGAUUUCUUCGUAAUUUUUUUUCCAUUCUCCUUUAGUAUGCGGGUGAGGAAGUUUACAUGGGCACACCUGCAACUAGAUGGGAAUACCGUUACAUGGUGUUUGGUUUACUGAAUUCUCACACUUUGCUGGUCAGCAAGCUUGACACAGUGCGUCCGGUGCGAUAUGAGAUGAAAGGUUAUGAUAGUCUGAUGGCGUCUUACUAUGACAACUAUGUCGUCGAAUACAUCUCGUUUGAGGACUGGGAACCAGACCUGGAGAAAUUCGAGUUACCAAAAGGUGCGAGGUGACAAUUAAAAUUUGCCAAGCUGUUAAUGAAGUGAAUUUGCGCUUUUGCAAACUUCAUUGCAAUCAUUCACAUUUCGUUCAAUGAGUGAAUUUUGCCGGAGUUCAAUUCUCUAGGUCCUUAUCCAAGUUCACGAAAAGAAAACAAAACAUACAUACAUUUUAUUUGUUUUUAAGAUUGAAAUACAAUUUUAACAUGCCCACGGGUAGCUAUGCUAAUCCAGGCGGGUCAUGUUUUCAGGAAAUAAAUACAACUAAAAGUGACUAGGGGCCUAAUAAACUAGCCUUACGUCAGACACACGAUAGCGAGAACGAGGAGCGCUAGCAGAAACGUCCGUUCCGGGCGAGAGCACUUUGCCAGAUUGUUUGCGUCGUCCAAAACGUGAAACACAGUGGUCUUGCAGCGAAGGCGAAAAAGAACCAACAAGUGUGCUGCAAGUUUAUCUCGCUUUCUCCUGUUCAUCUCUAUGCAAAUGCUAUUAUUAACACUCUCUAACAAGUGAAUUGAAAAGGCAAACAUUACUUGGAAGGAGACAUAGUAACAAACCGUACAUGGUUAAAAACCCCACAUUGAUUUUUUUCCCAGAUCAGUGGUGCUAUAACUGGUCUCACAGCCUCGACUCUCACUUUGUAUCAAAUCCCAUGGGCGAGUUUAUGUCAUACGGCGAAGACAUAGUGCAGGAGAUGUAUCAAGUAUAUAAAGAUCAUCACAACAAAAUCCACGACUCCCAACAUGAACAUGUCAAAAGAAAGCACAUAUUUCGCCAUAACAUGAGGUAACAACAUAAUCUAUCUCGAUUAGAUUCCUAUCAGGGUCUCAGAUGUGUUUUCUUUGUACCGACACUCUUGAAAUGAUGAUUCAGAUGGCAAAUUUCUCAUAAUCUUUUUCCAUUACACAACGUACAGUCAGUGCAAUGUAUGAACACAUCAACGAUGACCUCGCCUUUAGAAGAAGAGAUGUUCCGAAAGAGUUUUUUGUACGGUAGAUAAUUUUGUGGUCGAAUAAAGUUACCCUGAUUUUCAUUUGUAGAUACAUCAGGUCAAUAAACCGGCAGAACCUGGCGUACAAACUGGCUCCGAAUCAUUUAGUAGAUCUUACAGAUGAGGAAUAUGACGGUCAUGCAGGUUAGAACAAACAUCUUGAAGUUAACAAACUCUGACAAAUUUGUAACUCACCUACAACUUUCUCUCUUGAGUGGCUGUCCAGUUCUGACAAAUCUUGGGUAUAAGCUCCCGUUGAAGAUCUAAGUCGUGUGCUCUUCUUUCCUUCCUGAUACUAGGACUUUCUGACGAUAACAAUACAGAUCACAAAGGAGGUGUUCAUCUUGAGGAACACCAUGAGUCAUACAGUAACAUGAGCGCCGUUCUUAAAACUGUGGAAGUACCUGAUGAGUUGGAUUGGAGAGAAUAUGGUAAGAAUGAAUAGUCACAAAAUUGUCUUGGCCAGAAGCAAAUCACAAGGCGGUAAGCCAACAUGGUGGUUGGUCAGGGCCUGCUUGGCAGGUGCGUGCAUACGAAACAUGGCGCGCGAGAGAGAAGAACAAGCGAGAGGAGAAAGCUGUCUCUUUUCUCGUGCGCGUCUUUCUCCCUCGCGGACAGCGUCUCCGUUCCUAUUUACUCGUGCGCCCGUCGCACGCUGUCUAGGUAGUUGAGCGCCGUAGAAGCAUGGGUUGUCAUUCACCCGCCUAUUGAGUAGGUAGAGUGCGAGUCUGUAGUUCCCGAGGGAGACUUUCUAACUCAAACCCCUUUACUAAUACGCGGACCGAUUAAAUACCUGAAGAGGCGAGGCUUUGCCUUUGCUUAUGCUAUGAGCAGUUUUAAUGACAAACCUGGUUUAAGACCAGGAAUAAAUUUAUCUAAUGCGCAUACGUAUAAGAUGUACAUUGCGUGAACAGAGAUGGCGCAGUGUUGAGAGCACUCCAUCCCAUCAAUGUCGCCUGGGUUUGAGUUUUGGCGUCGACACUGGGAUGAGUUUGUUAUUGAAUCUCUUCUUUGCUCCGAACGGUUUUUUUCUGAGCACUCCGUUUUCGCCAUCUCCUCAAACACCAGCAUGUCCAAAAUUCUAGUUCGGUCUGGACCAUGUACUUCAAUAAUUGAAUAAAUUUAAAGGGCCACAAGUUUAUCAAUCAUUUAAACUGUUCAGUAUCACCCGCUCUAAAUGACGGUUAGUUUUUUUAAGAAUUUAUAGACAUAUUCAUCUUCGUCACAGGUGAGUUAACAGUGACAUUUUCAGAUAUUUCUCAUGUUUUCCGGGUUUAUAACCUUAAUUUAGUAUGUGAACUUAUAAUAAAGCCCAACCAAAUCACUAAGUUGAUUAGAGUAACGCGUUGUUAUAGGUGCAGUGACGCCAGUCCGAGGUCAGGGUAUAUGUGGAUCGUGUUACGCCUUAGGCGCUGUUGGAGCUGUUGAAGGGGCGUACUUUAUGAAGGUACGUUUCAUUUCUAUUGCCAAAAAUGACCGAGAAAAGGCCAGUGGAAAACUAAUUAAAAAGGCAUUGCUCUUGUUAAACAUUACCAAUGCGACAAAUUUCAGUUGUGGAUAGUAUUUCACACAACUGCACUAGCAGCAGCAUCGGCUCCUCUAGUUUUAAAGCCCUUGGCGCUAGUCCCCAGUUAUUUUCAGAGGGUAUAGAUAACGCUGAUAAUCUCUAUCCAGUGGAUAACGCAGUUGGUUUUCCUAAUAAUUACCUGCUGGAUAGAGACUUAUUUAGGAGAUAAAGCUGUCCAACGUCUGAAAAACCAGGGCCAGGUAUAUUUUCGCCUGUUUCUAGUUCUGCGACUGGCUGUUCUAGGUUCGGUUUUACGCAUCAUUAGAUGAAGGCGCCUCUGAGCCAAAGGGGAGGGAAGAAAUGUCCUGGAAACUUCUCUGGUCUUAAUUGGUAACAAGAUACAGUUCAUUUGCCCAAGCGAUUAAUGCACUUUUGCCUUUAGUUUAGUAAACUAACGAAGUUCAAAAAGAAAUCUGUCAAAUCUGUUCUAAAUGCCUCAAGGUUCCUUUCAGACGGCGAACUUGACAUUUCCAGAGUCUAAAUGCUGAGCAACAAAAAAAGAAUAGAUUGGUUUUGCUUCUAUGAACAAGAUUUGCCACAUCAGAACUUCGCAGUCUGAAGCACGCCUUUAUAUGAUAACUGAGUUAUUGCUGUUCUCUCUUCAGACAGGUCAGUUAGUUGAACUUUCUGCACAGCAGGUUAUUGACUGCUCAUGGGGAUCUGGUAACCAUGGUUGUAGAGGAGGAUGGUACAAUAAAGCACUUAGUUGGAUUUACAUGAACGGGGUGGCCAAGGCAAAGAAUUAUGGGCCAUAUUUGGCUCAGGUAAGACAUGACUGGAAAUUACACUGCAAAAUAGAAAUAUUUUCUGCUAAGAUGUACAUGAUUUUUUCGACUACAUCAAAUCACAGACAAUAAAAAGGACUGUAGUAGUAUAGCAGGUAACAGUUAGGCCCAAUUUUAGAGGGGAAAAAACUUUCUCUCAAAUGCUUAACCCAAAACCUCAAACGUUACUUAUAAACAACUUUCCCAUCAGGGUCAAUUAUAGGGAGCUUAUGCAGAGGUGUUAAGUGUCUUUACUCUUAUAGAGACAAUAUUUCCAAAACAUUAAGCAAAACCACUGCCCAAGAAAUCAAGGCGUCCACUUGCGGUUAACGUACGUCGCUAAUAAACGUCCUUGACAAAGUUUGCUUUUAACACUGUAGUAGUGUUGUUGGAGACAAAUUAGCCGGGGGAAAGUUUGGAAGGAGUUGACGCAUAACUUCAGUUUUAAUCCUGUGACGUUACAACAUAUAACUAUUUUGUUGGGAGCAAGGGUGGCGCAGUGGUGAGAGCACUCGCCUCCUACCAAUGUGGCCCGGGUUCAAAUCCCGGCGUCGACGCCAUAUGUGGGUUGAGUUUGUUGUUGGUUCUCUCCUUUUCUCCGAGAGGUUUUUGUCCGGGUACUCCUGUUUUCUCCUCCCCUCAAAAACCAACACCUCCAAAUUCCAAUUCGAUCUGGAACGCACGGACACUUUUAAACGAGUUCAUAUGAACUCUUCAGUGCUUCGUGGGUAAAAAAGCAAUUUACAAUUUUUUGUUUGGUACCGGUUUAAGGUAGGCAGAGCAUCUUGUAUACACUAUACUCGACACGUUCAAAGCGAUUUCUAAAAAUACGAAGAACAAAUGAGCAAAUGCAAGGAAAAAAAAGUUUACACAACAAAGUGGCAUCAACUUCAGGACCAUGCUAUUAUUAGCGUAAAUUUCUGCUAUCAUAAAAUAUUCACACUACACCUUUGGGUAUGAUUGUUUCCUUUCUAAAGCACGGAGUUUUUUUGUCCUUUGUCUCCAGCAUUUUAGAGGAACUCGUACUAACACCAAUGGGGUAAAUAUGUCCAACUCCUCCUUAACGCACUCCCCCGCUCUCUUGGUCUUAAAGAAUCUGAUGCCCAACGACGAAAUAAUCAAUAUCAGAAUUGAGCCCUUGUAACUGAUUUUACUACUUUUCUCAACGCAGGAGGGGACAUGUGAAACACUGGGGAUUAAAGAGCGAGUCAAAAUAGACGCCUUUGCGUUUGUUCCAAAGUACAACAACAGCGCUCUAAAGAGAGCGAUAGCCAAACAUGGUCCAGCGUGCGUGUCAAUAAAUCAGAAGCCCUUGUCGCUGAAAUUCUACAGCUGGGGAAUCUAUGACAACCCAGAGUGUGGUCAGUCUGUUUAGAUUACUAUGGUGAUUUUGUAUCAUACGUAGUGCGUGUGUUCAGUGUCUGAACUAAGCGCGUGUGUAUUCAGAUAAGAUUUAUACAUCAGGCACCUUUGAUAAAACGUUGGAUAGCGGUAUCCCGCCACCGGAUAAAUCAUUAUCCAGCAGAUAAGUGUUAUUAGAGAAAGCAAUUGCGCUAUACACUAGAUAGAUUUAUGCAGUGGAUAACGUUAUCCAACUUUUAAACAACUGUGCAUGGGCCGGAGCCUUGUAUUUCUAGUUACGAAAAGAAAAGUCCCGUCCAGUCUCGAGCUACUUAAGAUCAUUUGUAAUAUCGCAAACUUACAUGGUCGAUUUCUGUUCACUGAGUGAAUGUUGCAAACAGUUUUCCACGGGGUCAUAGAAAGGCUGAGCAACAAUGCGAUUGUUGUUGAGUCUUUUAAAGCACAGUCAUGACUAAUAGAAUUCGUAACUAAACUCAACUUAAUCAAGGAAAUAACCAGUUUUGUAAAUUUUAGAGUGCAGUCCCUAAAUCUUUGGUAAUUAUUAUAUCCAUUUGUCUUUUAUUAUCCCUACUACAGACAACAGCUCCACUCGGCACACAGUUCUAGUCGUUGGUUAUGGAAAUGAGAAUGGAGUUCCCUAUUGGCUAGUUAAGAAUUCAUGGUCUUCUUCCUGGGGUAUUGACGGCUACAUCAAACUCGCUUGGAGAAACAACAUUUGUGGAGUAACCAAAAAUCCUGUAGUUGCUUUAUUCAAGCAUACUACAUUUCAGUUUCCUGUCAAAGAAAAAAUAGACCGUGUAAACCCGCUUGAACCAAGCACAAUGGGAAGGAAAGUCCAUGCAAAGCAUAAACCUGGUUACCAUAGUAAUGUCAAUGGUUCCAGUUUUCUUAGAAGAAAGAACAACCCCUCGUUAACUUCGUCACCUGGUAACAGAAAUAGGACACGUAGUGGUAAAAGGAAAUUCAAAGAAAAUCAUUCAGCUCAUCAAGCAAAAAUGCAGAGACAUGAGAUCAAGACCUUAAAGACGGGUACUCUUCCUAUUUCGCGAGGAAACAAACCGUCAAUUUAUUCUUCCACAGGGACAAACAAGGAUAAAGGUUUGGGUACACCCACCAAUUCUACCGCUUUUUUACAAAAACAAUCUCUGCAUACACAAAAAGUAGAAGAACCCGUUGAUAAAACAGUUGAGAUGAGUAGUUCGCAAGUUAAACCUCAAACAAAAAAAGAUUUUCAAUAUACCGCAAAUAAAUAUCCUGACAGAGCGGCCAUGAAAAGUAGUUUACGGUCAAAUACAGAGGCAAAUGAACUUAAUACUGCAUAUGAUGUCUAUAGAGAAGGAGAGCAGAACCUAGCACAUUACGACGCACAAGGAGAUGAAGAGAUAAUGGCGAGACAAAACUUAGUAGAUUAUAACACCCCAGAACCAUUACAAAAUGUUGUAUGGGACAAAACAUUAUCGGGUAAUGAGCAAGAGUACUAUUAUCCCUCUUAUGACUAUAAUAAUAAUUAUAACACCUAUCCAGUGGAAUAUGAAGCAAAAAAUGGAUUUUUUGAACCAGCCAAUGAAGGCCUGAACCGUGAGUAUGCUGACGAAAACGUUGUAGAGCAGAAUUAUCUUAACUCACGGCAAUGGCUUCCUGCUGGACAGUCUGAUAGAACAAGAAACCUUAAUGCUAUGGAGGCAGCUCCAUUAUUAAAUUCGCAGGAAUCUGUUAAGUUGUUGACUGUGCAAGGUAAACAAACAAUUGAGACCCCGGCAAAACCUUCAACAACAACAACAACAACAAAAGAACUGAAGAAAACAAUUAAUAACAAAUCAACAUCUACAUCUAAAAAAGAGAGACAUUUCGCUGGAAAACUGCAGGAUAUUUACGACAAACUUGAAGAAGUCAUUGCAUCCGGCAAGCUUAAAAAACAUAGACAACUGAAGAAAAACCAUAUGCUUUGGGGAUACUAA